GCAGCUAACAGAGCUUGUCUCUGCGAUUUGGAAUCGUCAAUCGUCAUCUCUCUCUCUCUCUCUCUUUCUCUCGUGCUUGGAGUGGGAGAGUCCGGACUGAUGAGCGCACAGGACUAAAAACACAUUCUUUUGCUUUCCAAUCUUCUCCAUCCUUGGCCUUCUGUUGAUGCUUAUUUCUCUGCCUGAAGGAACCUCCAAAGGAUAAUAGUAUUUUGUUGGCUUUUCCUUUGCCUGCUUCUUCUCUCCUCUUUCUUCUUCGUCUUCUUCAGAUCUGAAAGUUAUCUGAAGUAGUUUUAUAAGCUUGGGCUAAGAUCUCACUUGUUGUGAACAAUGAGCAAGGAAGAUGACAUCAAGUUCCUCAAAAUACAGACGUGUGUGCUGAAGGUAAACAUACACUGUGAUGGCUGCAAGCAGAAGGUGAAGAAGCUGCUUCAGAAAGUUGAUGGAGUUUUCCACACUAACAUUGACGCUGAGCAGGGGAGAGUAACAGUCUCCGGCAAUGUAGAUCCGGCCACACUAGUAAAGAAGCUCAACAAAGCCGGAAAGCACGCAGAGAUUCUUCUUCCCAAGGGCGUCAACAUCACUCAGCUGCAAAAACACCAACAGGACAACCAAAAAGCUCACCAGAAUAAAGACAACGGCAAGCCCCCUAAAUCCAGCGCCGGCGCCGGAAACGGCGGUGGCGGAGGAAAAGACCAGAAGGGCCAAGCAACACAGGCGCAGCCGAUGAAAGGGCUCAAAGAUCUGAAGUUUCCCCAGCUAAAAGACUUGAAGUUUCCCUUCCAUAAAGAUCCAAAAUCGGUGAAGUUCGCUCUUCCACCAGAAGUCGGCGAAGAUUGCAGCGAUUACGACGAUUACGACGAUGAAGAUGACGACGACUUCGAUGAUGAGGAGAUGGACGAGUUCGACAGUUUCGACGCCGACUUCGAUGACGACUUCCGGAACCUCAAACUCAAGCCUGGUUCUGCUCCGCCUAACCACCCUAGUGCGGCCAUGGUGAUCCCCGACAAGAAGAACGGGAAGAAAGGGGGAGCUGUUGAAAUCCCGGUGCAGGUCAAGGGAAUGAACGGAAACAACGAUGGUAAGAGCGGGAAGAAGGGUGGGGUCAGCCAGAAUCAGGCCGGCGGCGGGGGCGGAAAAAACGCCGGCAAGGUCCCGGGCGGUGGUGGCGUGACGCAGGACGUCAAGAAUGCUGGAAACAAUGGCGCCCCCAAGCCCAACGCUAAUUCUGGGAAGAAAGGCGGCGGUGGUGCAGGCGGCGGCGGCGGCGGUGGCUUAAAGAACGAGGCUGCCGGAGGUGCCCCCAACACCGCCAAAGGCGGAAUGAUGGGCCCUCCUGCCGGUUUUCCAGUGGGCAUGAACGCCGGGCAAAUGGGCUUCAUCCCGCCUAUGGGUCAGGCAGCAGGAGCCGUGCAGGGUCUACCCCCUGGCAUGGCGCCGCAGGGUUACUUUCCCGCCGGCGGGAUGCCAGCGAUGAGCCCUGAAAUGAUGGCUGCCGCCGCCGCCGCCGCUGGCGGCGCUGUAAAUCCGUACCAACAGCAAUACAUGGCAGCGAUGAUGCAGCAACAGCAGAGAAUGAUGAUGAACGGCCAGGAUCGCGGAUACCCACCGAUGAUGGGUUAUCCCCGGCCUCCACCGCCCCCGGCGAUGUACAUGUCGCAGCCGCCUCCCUAUGCCGAACCUUACACCAACUACUUCAGCGAUGAAAACGCCAAUAGCUGCUCGAUUAUGUGAUGGAAGAGAUGGAUAAUUCGAAACAUGGAGAAUAUAAGUGGGUUAAUUAGACAAUUUCUUAGAAAAAAAUUUUAAUUUUGUUUUGCUCUCACUAAGUUGCAGGUUGUCGUUCUAAGUUUUCAAGUUAUAAUUAUAAUCUUAUAUGUGUAA